CAUUGCUCAAGCCUGCUUGAAGGUGAAAUUCCUGUCCGCCGGCAGAAACGACAGAACCUGUAACGUAGCGUUUCUCUGCAGUCAGUAGCUCUCGUUUGUUUUUCUGUAAAAUAUAAAAGUCACAGGACAUUUCAUAAGCCCAACAUGGCGUCGAUAUUCAGCGAGGUUACUCAAGCCGCUCCCGUCGCCGUGUUCAAACUGACGACGGAUUUCCGUGAAGAUCCGAGUCCUAACAAGGUGAACCUCGGAGUUGGAGCAUACAGGACAGACGAGUGCCAGCCAUGGGUCCUGCCUGUUGUGAGGAAGGUGGAGAAGCUGAUUGCUGAGGAUCACAGUCUAAACCAUGAGUACCUGCCCAUCUUGGGCCUACCUGAAUUUCGUUCCAGUGCGUCAAAGAUUGCUUUGGGUGAGGACAGUCCUGCCAUUCUGGAGAAGAGGGUAGGAGCUGUUCAGUGUCUAGGAGGAACUGGUGCCUUGAAGAUUGGUGCAGAGUUUCUGCGCAGACUGUACAAUGGAAACAAUAACACAAAAACACCUGUUUAUGUCUCUUCACCCACAUGGGAGAACCACAAUGCUGUUUUUGCUAAUGCUGGGUUUGAGGAUAUUCGCUCAUACAAAUAUUGGGAUGCAGAGAAGCGUGGACUUAACCUGUCUGGUUUCCUGGGUGAUUUAGAGAGUGCACCUGAAUUCUCUAUUUUUGUGCUGCACGCCUGUGCCCAUAACCCCACGGGCACAGAUCCCAGCCAAGAUGAGUGGAAGAAGAUUGCUGAAGUCAUGAAGAGGAGGAAUCUCUUUGCCUUCUUUGACUCAGCAUAUCAAGGCUUUGCCUCUGGAAAUUUAGAGAAGGACGCUUGGGCAAUCCGUUAUUUUGUGUCUCAGGGUUUUGAACUAUUCUGUGCUCAAUCUUUUUCAAAGAACUUUGGCCUGUACAACGAGAGGGUGGGCAACUUGACAGUCGUCGCUAAGGAUGCGGACAACCUGAGCCGUGUUCUCUCUCAAAUGGAGAAGAUUGUUCGUGUCACCUGGUCCAAUCCUCCAUCACAGGGAGCUCGUGUGGUUGCGAUAACGCUCAACACCCCAGACCUAUUUGCUGAGUGGAAGGACAAUGUUAAGACGAUGGCUGACAGGGUUUUGUUUAUGCGUGCUGAGUUGAAAGCCAAACUGCAGGAUCUCGGCACCCCAGGCACCUGGGAGCACAUCACUGAGCAAAUCGGCAUGUUCAGUUUCACAGGCCUCAACCCCAAACAAGUGGAGUACCUAGUGAAGGAGAAGCAUGUCUAUUUGAUGGCCAGUGGCCGCAUCAACAUGUGUGGCCUGACCACUAAGAAUAUUGACUACGUCGCCGAGUCCAUUCAUGAAGCCGUCACCAAAGUCCAAUAAGCAUGUUUCUCAUGCCGUCUUUCCAUUUGUGUGCAACAAAAAGAAUCCUCUUCUCAACCUGAUUAUCUUAUUAUCAUUUGCUAGCUCCUAUGAUCAAAUAUAAACUGUAAACUAAUUUAGCAUUCAAGGUCAAGUAGUUGCUCAAGAGAGAGUGUUUUGUGUGGCAUUCGUCUCACUUGUAAUCAUCCUGGAUUAGAACACAAAUCUGUACUUAAUGAGUCUGUUUCCCUUGUAGUGGUGCACCAGGGAGUUUUGUGAUGUUACCUAAAGAAGCACUUUCUUGUAUAAUUAUGGAGUGAUGAAUCAGUGCAACAAAGUUGUAACUGAAUGGAUGUUAAUAGUUUCAGCUUGAUUUGGUUUUUAAGGUCUUGGUUUUGGAAGUGUACUUACUAUGUUCUAUUCAGGAGUGAAGGUUGAUAAGAUGAUUCUGUAAAGCUAAACAAUGAAGUGAAACCUAUAAAAUAUCAAGUCCAAAAACUUUCAAGUCUGGGGUGACAUUGUCAUAAUGGGGUGUUUUUAAAUAAACACACACCUGUGAUUUAUAUAAAAUAUGAACAAAACUGACUAAUUCAAUAACUUAAAUGUGAUCCUAUCUAGUCUCUAGCCAGAAUUUACAUCGAUUUUACCCCUGACUUUAAGGUGAUGUUAAUCUGUGCCUGAUAUACUCUCAUCAAAGUACUGUACACUUUAAUACAACAUCCUGACCAUCUGUUGUGGCUGCAUCAUCUAGGUCUUAACAUUUCAGUUUCAGAUACUAAUAUGAACCACAGUGACUAUCACGGUAACCGAAAAUAAGAACAAUGUAUGUUUAUUGUUGACAGUUCUUGGAAAUGGUUUGCACUUUAUGAUGAUUCUUUCACAAUUGUUGCUUUUGCUCCUCUCUGAAUGCUGUGCAUGUGUGUUUAGGGUCAGUACAGUGUUCGUGUCAUUGAACUUUGUUAAAUAUAUUAUCAUAAUAGCACUAGCAACGUUUGACUUAUGUUGCUUAAAUGCCUAAAUGUUAAUUAAGCCAUUCUCAACGAACGUUGAACGCACACAAUAUAAUAAAUAUGACAAAAAAACUGAACAAACCUCUUAAAUAAAUAGUAUGAAAACA